GCGGAGCGUCCCGGCCGCGACUUUCCCCCUCAGACUCUCUGAAGGAGGCAAUGAGCGGGCAGCCGUGGCCCUGCUGAUGACAGCGCGCCUGGGGGAUGCAGUGACCGCCGACUGUUUGCCACCGGGAUCAUAUUUGUGUACAUCCGAGGACAACAAACAAUACGCCGCGGAUCUGGCAUAAUCCAUCAAUCGGAUGCGAGCAGAGCCAGGCCCAACUUAACUAUGGGCCCCAUACCACUUUGCAUCCUGCUUCCAGUGACGGUGCUGACUACGGUGGUGGCUGUAACUGCUGAGGAAAACACAAUUGACAACCAAUACACCUGGCCCCAAUGGAAGGUGCCACUGGUAAGGAAGCGACGCACUGUGAACCUCAGCAGCCCCAGCUUUGCAGCUCACCCCCAACUGGAGCUGAGUGGCACCUGCGGGAUCGAGUGCCAGCGCCACAUUCCCUCGCCUUCCCUGAAUGAUUUGGAGCAGUUCCUAUCCUACGAGACGGUCUACGAGAAUGGCACACGCACGUAUACCUCCGUUUCUGUGCAUGGCCUCAAUGAAGUCACUGUCUGGUCCAGAAACACUUCAUCAAGGUCCCGUCACAAGCGAGAAGUGUACGGCACAGAUACUCGCUUCACCAUCGCCGACAAGCAGUACUCCACCAAAUAUCCCUUCUCCACCUCGGUGAAGAUAUCUACAGGGUGCUCUGGGGUGCUGGUGUCACCCAAACACGUGCUGACAGCUGCACACUGCAUCCACGAUGGAAAGGAUUAUCUAGACGGAGUUCAGAAGUUGCGUGUUGGCAUUCUGAAAGAGAAGAGCAGACGAGGAAAGGGAGGCAAAGGAAAGGGAGGGAAAGAAAGGGGCAAAAGAAGAAAAGGGGACAAAGGUAAAGAGGAAGGACUGGAAAUGGAGGAAAAGGGCGGGAGAGGAAGAGGAAGAGGAAAAGGCAAGAAGAUCCGGAGUCGUCGAAGUGUUGACUCUGGCAAACCUUCAUUCAAGUGGACCAGAGUCAAAAAGACCCAGGUUCCUAAGGGUUGGUUUAAAGGUGUGUCAGAUGGACUGGCUGCGGAUUACGACUACGCCGUUCUCGAGCUGAAGAGAGCCCCAAAAGUCAAUCACAUGGAUCUAGGUGUUAUACCUUCCGUUAAGAAGCUCCCUGCCGGUAGGAUCCACUUCUCCGGCUUUGACGACGACAGACCCGAUAACUUGGUGUACCGGUUCUGCUCUGUGUCUGAGGAAUCCAAUGACUUGUUGUAUCAGUACUGCGACGCCAAACCCGGCUCCAGCGGCUCAGGAGUUUACAUCCGCCUCAAAGAGCCGGGCAAGAAGAAGUGGAAGAGAAAGAUCAUUGGAGUUUUCUCUGGUCACCAGUGGGUUGACGUCAAUGGGGACGGGAUGCAGCAGGAUUACAAUGUGGCCGUGAGAAUAACGCCGCUCAAGUACGCGCAGAUUUGCUACUGGGUCCAUGGGGACUCGAGUGAGUGUCAGGUAGCCUAAAACAACAUGGAAACUCCCCGCUUUUCUGCUUCUUAUCCAUCAUCUCACACCAUAGUUCCUCCUUACAGACUUCACCUACCUUGACACAUCACCUUGUUUCACCAAGCAGAAACUAGGCAACUGCUUCUUCUUCCCCUUCCCGUCUUUUACCUUGUGUGCCUCCUUAUGACUCUGCUACAGUGAUUCAAGUGAAGAAGUGGCGACAAUAGGAACUCAUCAAUGCAUCAAGGGAACUCUGGCUUGUCAGUUGUCUUUAUUUAUUUGUUUGAAAUAUAUAUGGGAAAAGAAAUCCGUUUUAAGUAUUUUAAGUCUACUUUGACAGUUUUCAAAAAUAAAUUGACCUCUAUGGUUGGAGUACAGUAAAUGGUUUAUAGUGUAAAUCACAGAUACCUGCAAGGUAUUACCAUUAAGGAAAAGGCCUCUCCACCACUGUAAGCAUAAAACGUGGCAAUAACAAGAUGCCCAAAAACCAACUUAAAUACUUUAAUUAAAAAAAGAACGGUAUGACGAUGCAGAGAAAACAAAAGAAUUAAUAAGCUGAUAUUUUGAUUUGUGUAUAUCUCGAACAUUGUAUUAGAUGUUCUGUGUUUGACGCUUAUCUUUUAAUGCGUUUUCUCCUUCUGGAUGCUUUUUAGGAGAUGAUUUUUUGCUGUUGUUGUAUGAUUUGUGUCUCAUCCUCUCUCAUCCGUUCUUGCAGUACAGUGAAAUGUGGUUUCAUUGUUGUGCACAUAACUAUAACAGAGAAUGACGUGGUGCUAAUUUAUGGGACUGUAACCUUUUUGUUUCCGUUCCGGAAUGACUUAGAAAAUAUUUUUGGUGGCCUAGUACUGUAACUCUUAGCUUAAGGUCAGGCUACAUGUUUGAGUUACAUUAAGACUGAACCAUUCAACAAUUUACUUGAGCUGUUUUUAUUUCUCUACUUUAAGGGUAACAGAUUUGUUUUUAAAAGUCACUUUGUUUUUAUAGUAGUUUAAGAUUAAAUGCAAUAUUUCUGACUUGUUCCUGUUGCUUUUACUCCAAGGAAAUGCAAGACUAUCCUUUUAAAUACCAAAUAUCCGCAAGUAAUUAUUAGCGUGGAAGUCUACAAGCCAUUAAAACCAAGAUUCCCCUUUGCGUGUGUGUGUCUAUGUGAUGAAAACAAAUGCGUCCAAGAAAACAGCAAAGAGUAAGAUGUUUUAUACGGUUUUGGCAUACGUUAAAUGCAACUUUUCGGCAGAAGAAUCUCUGCCAAAUGUUAAACACAGUGGUGGAAGUGUUAUGAUUAGGGGUUACAACAUUCCUUCAGAUACUUAAGAUUCAGAUCCAGUCGUAAAGAUUUGACUGGGAAAGGGCCUCCACAGAGAUUCGUAUGUUUGUUUUUAGCAAAAUAUUCACUGAAAAAAGGCAUAAAAGGGAGACAUUUGGUUACACAGAAAGAGCAAGUUUUGAACAUGCGUAUGGAUAAACAUGCCAGGUUGUUAGUAGCCUCUGACACAAAAGAUUUCAUCCAUUUAUUCCACAGAACAAUGUUACAACUCUUGACAUUUUGGAUAAGGAUAUAGUUAUACUGCGAACGGUGAUGUUGUUCAUUAGUACUUUUAACAGUAUGAAUUCCUCACAGAAAAUAUAAAAACAGGAGAACACAUUUUUUCCGUUUCUCAGUUUAGUAAAAUGUAUGACCGUGUUAAUUCCAAGACGUUUGUGGUGAUUGAAGCAGGUGUCCACGUUUCAAUUUAAGCAGGGUGCACAUUAAAAUGAAACACCCCAAAAUAAAGUCGGAACAGCUCGAUCCGUCAUCCAAUUUAUUGCAUCUCGAGGGGCUUACAUGCACUGGGAAGGGCCAUUGUGAAAUAAAUUUACAAUAAAACAAACAAACCAAAAAAAAUUACAAUUCUAAUAAUUCAGUCAUGAAAAAAAUGUUAAUAUUCUCCCAUGAUUUACUCCCGACUCUCACAACCAAUCCACAAACAUGACAGAGAACAGACACAGAGAAAGAUCUAUCACUUUCCGCAGUUUACAGCACAGAAGAGGAGACUGGCGUCAAAUUAUGACCAAACGUAUGAUUACGCUCAAAGUGAUUUUACUGAGCUCUGGGUUCAAAAUGGCAAAAAGGUUCAACUAUAACCUCAAAUAGAGUUCUCCAUAGUUAGAGGCUCCACCAACGGCAAGCCAGAUGUUAUCGAUUAAGAAAAGAGUCGAACACGAUGCUCAGAUGGAAGCGAAACAAAUGUUUUGUUUAGUUUUACUACGCACUCUGGUGCUGGAGCAGGUUAUGUUCACCUCGAGGCUAAAGGUGCAGUGCGGUGUUUUGGCCGCUAGCAACUUCAAGGAGAAUCCAUCAGAGGAAAAGCCCUUGUGGCUUGUAAAUAACGUCGACUUUGAAGUUUCCUAACGAGGUAAACACGUUUAGCGUGUCGUUAGGAGUCAUGAAUGCACAGGCGCCGGCGUCCUUUGGAUGCGUAAUCCUGUGCCGUAAACAGAAUUUGCUUUGCUUAGAGGACAAAACACCACAUUGUAUCUUUAAACUUUUCUCAUUAAAGUAAGCUGAGCAAAGAGUGACCGAGCAUUCUGUGCCAAAUCAACCAGGCGUGGGCUAAUUACUGGUCUUGGGGCACACCAAAGUUGCCAGAAGCCAGAGAAAACAGUGGAGCAUUUUCUCAGGCUGCCCCUCCCCGACGUGCUGCUGCAAAGUUGCCUAAAAUAUGGCUA